AUGCGCACAGGGCUCUCAGACAGCCUUGACCACAUUGACGAUUCUCGCAAGACCGCCAUCAUCGACCAUGAGCUCGACCGACUCAAUGUCGACAUUGCUGCUCUCCAAGAGACACGGCUUGCUGACUGUGGUUCCCUUAAGGAGAAAAAUUACACUUUCUUCUGGCAUGGCAAGAGCGCAGAAGAGACCCGAGAACAUGGCGUUGGCUUUGCAGUGAAAAACACCCUGAUUGCCACAACUGUACCACCAACAGGAGGCUCCGAACGCAUCCUUGCCAUCCGUAUAUCCACCAGCAGUGGACCAGCCAAUCUGUUGAGCGUUUACGCCCCAACCCUCUGCUCUCCCCCUGAGUCAAAAGACAAGUUCUACGAGGAGCUUGACACUGCCAUCAGCACCAUCCCAAAGAACGAGCACCUGUUCCUCCUGGGGGACUUCAAUGCUAGGGUUGGCGCCGACCACGAAUCCUGGCCAGACUGCCUUGGACACUUUGGAGUGGGGAGUAUGAACGAGAAUGGGCAGAGACUGCUAGAGUUGUGCUGCUAUCAUCAGCUCUGCAUCACCAACACCUUUUUCCAGACUAAGCCAUUGCACAGGGUCUCCUGGAGACACCCAAGAUCCAAACGCUGGCACCAGCUCGACCUCAUCAUCACGAGACGAGAGACACUCAACUUUGUCCACUUCACCCGCACUUUUCAUAGCGCGGACUGUGACACGGACCACUCCCUCGUCCUCAGUAAGGUCAAGCUACAGCGCAGGCAGGUCCACCAUGCCAAGCAGAAGGCACGUCCCCGCAUCAACGCCAGCCGCUCCAUAAAUCCAACUGUCACCCAGCUCUUCCUCACCUCACUUGAUCAAGCACUCUCCUCCUCCAAUCAGCAAAGUGCUGUGGACAAGUGGAACUGCCUGCGUGACACCAUUUAUGACCAAGCCCUCGCAGCAUAUGGCAAGAAAGUGAGGAAAAAUGCAGACUGGUUUGAGGCCAGUGGAGCGGAGAUGGAGCCAGUUAUCGAGGUCAAGCGCACCGCCUUCCUCAAGUACAAAGAUAAUCCAUCGACGAGGAACCUUGAGGCUCUUAGAAAAGCUAGGGGCAAGGCCCAGCAAACAGCACGACGCUGCGCAAACAACUACUGGCUCAAACUCUCCUCCCGCAUACAAGCCGCUUCCGACGCAGGUGACAUCAGGGGUAUGUACGAGGGGAUCAAGCAAGCCACAGGUCCCUCCAUCAAAAAAACGGCGCCUCUGAAAUCCAAGUCCGGUGAAGUCAUCACCGACAGCAGCAAACAGAUGGAAAGGUGGGCUGAGCACUACAUGGAGUUAUAUGCCACAGAAAACACAGUGUCAGAGGAGGCUCUGAAUGGCAUCGCAAACAUGCCUGUGAUGGAGGAACUCGACAAGGACCCCACGCAAGAGGAGCUCAGCAAAGCUAUUGACAGCCUCGCUUGCGGCAAGGCCCCAGGUGCUGAUGGGAUAACACCUGACAUCAUCCAACUUGGGAAACCAACCCUUUUGCCACAUCUUCACGACCUCCUCUGCCUUUGCUGGAAUGAAGGAGCCGUCCCCCAGGACAUGCGUGACGCCAAAAUCGUCACCCUGUACAAGAACAAGGGCGACCGCAGCGACUGUAACAACUACCGCGGCAUCUCUCUGCUCAGCACUGUGGGGAAGGUCUUCGCACGCGUUGCCCUUAUCAGGCUCCAGCUUCUGGCGGAGCGCGUCUACCCUGAGACACAGUGUGGCUUCAGGGCAGCAAGAUCCACGGUGGACAUGAUCUUCACCCUUCGACAACUGCAGGAGAAAUGCCGUGAACAGAGGAGACCUUUGUAUCUCGCUUUCGUCGACCUCACAAAGGCCUUCGACCUUGUUAGCAGAGAUGGUCUCUUCAAGCUGCUUGUAAAGAUUGGUUGCCCUCCAAAACUUCUCAGCAUCGUGACAUCAUUUCACAACAACAUGCAGGGUUCAGUCUGUUGUGAUGGAGAAACCUCAGAGGCCUUCCCAAUCCGCAGCGGAGUGAUUUUCUUCUCUCUCCUGCUGUCGUUUGCAUUUGGCUCAUCCCCUGAAGGCGUCUACCUACACUCAAGAGCUGAUGGCAAACUCUUCAACCUUGCCCGCCUUAGGUCCAAGACGAAAGUGACCAGUGUACUCCUGAGGGAAAUGCUAUUUGCAGAUGAUGCAGCUCUAGCAUCACACACAGAGACAGGGCUCCAGCAGUUGGUGGACAGGCUCUCUUAUGCAUGCAAGGAGUUCGCCCUCACCAUCAGCAUUAAGAAGACCCAUGUCAUGGGCCAAGAAGUCGAAACCCCAUCCUCCAUCUCUAUUGACAACAAGACCCUAGACUGUGUGGGCACCUUCACUUACCUCGGAUCAACAGUCGCCAGCAACCUGUCACUUGACGCAGAACUGAGCACCCGUCUUGCCAGGGCCGCCACAGUGAUGGCCAGGCUGGCAAAGAGAGUGUGGUCUAACAAGAACCUAACUGUGCGCACAAAACUCCAGGUCUACCAAGCAUGCGUCAUCAGCACUCUGCUAUACAGCAGUGAGGCCUGGACCACCUACACCAGACAAGAAAAACGGCUGAACAGCUUCCACCUGCGCUGCCUACGCCGCAUCCUUGGCAUCAAAUGGCAGGACAAAGUCCCCAACACGGAAGUCUUGGAACGUGCCCACUCCACCAGCAUGUUCGCCAUGUUGAGCCAGCGCCGCCUCAGAUGGCUCGGUCACGUCCACAGGAUGGACUCCGGUCGUCUUCCAAGGGCCAUCCUGUAUGGCGAGCUUUCGUCAGGCUCCAGGCCAAUUGGUCGUCCGAACCUACGAUUCAAGGACGUCUGUAAACGCGACAUGAGGCAGGCUGGCAUAGACCCCAACAGCUGGGAGGAAGCCGCCCAGGAUCGCAGUGCUUGGAGACAGACAGUUGCCGCAGGGAUCCACCGCGCUGAGGAGAGGCGCACCACCUUGCUGCAGGAGAAGAGGCAGAGGAGGAAAUUGCGAGUAGCAGCCCCCACCCCUGAGUCAGUCCCCUCUCCUUUCGUCUGCGCUAAUUGCGGCAGAGACUGUCAUGCAAGAAUUGGACUGCUCAGCCACAGCCGCCGCUGCAACAAAGACGACAAUCCCCCGGGCGCAGUCCAUCGUCAAUUGAAAGUUAUAAUCUGCGUGGUAAGCUGUCUGGUUGGUUUGUCCGUCAUUUGUGCUGUGGUCUUCUACGUGUACAAGAAGAAACGCAGCAAGAAAUAUUAUAUUACGGACCCUAACGGUGGUGGGCAACUGGCGUCUUAUGUUCCCCGCUAUACUCAGCAAGCCUUUGAUGCUGCCACAUUUGACGAUGGCAGUGUCGAUCAUACAGAUGCCGAUGAGGAAGAUGAAAACCAGGACUCUCCAUCAGGAAGCUUACUCUCCAUAAGCAAAACAAAAGGUGCUGAAGCCUCCUCAUUGGAUUGUGGAUCUACUCGUGAUGAAUCUUCCCCUGCUUGUCCUUUAUUGAGCCCUGCUACUGAAGUUGAGAAGUUGGUACGUCCAACUAUGCAGGUGGGGAGCUCUGUAUGCCUCGAUAAGGAGGUUGAUGAACCAGCGGAGAUGCUGCCGCUCCUAAAUGGAAAGGGCAGCCAACAAACAAUCGGAGAAUAUCAAGAAGAUGAUUGCGAAACAAAGUUGUAGAGAUGGACCCAACCAUUUUGCGUCUGCUACAGGUCAAAUAGCGUGAUGUCAACGGUUAUGUACAUGUAGUUGUAUUACAUUUUAACGCAUGUUUAAUAGCACCUAAAGAUAACAAAUAUAGAUAAACGGUCAUUUUAGACAUUUUUGUUGUAAAUCGUCGAUGUACCAAUUUUUUCAGUAUGUCGAGGGUGGAGUCUCAAAGCACCUUUUGGUGUCCUGAUUGGAGAGACGUUCUUUGGACAUGACCAAUCCACUACAAUCUGCGCAUCUUGAUCAUAAGGGAGAUGUGCAAGUGCAGCCCAUCUUACACGGAUACUCAUUGCUGAUAGGCCAAUAAAUGUUGUAAUAUGAAUCAUAUUUGCUUUAUAGGAAGGAAGUUUGCUAUGUUAUUUUGGAGACUAAUUUUAAAUAUGCAAACAUUGUUACAGUAGAGCCAUACAAAUGAAGAGCAUUUUCGACGUCCAAGACAUAGGAUACCAAAGUACAUUGAAGUUUACUUCAUCCCGUAAUUGUCUUGGCGAAAUGCUAUAUCUGGUGCAUAUAAAUUACAUUGAUGAAACGAAACUUCCUAAUAUUUUUAGAAUUAGCGACAGAUUUGGAAACUAUUGCUAACAAUUGUAAUAUUACUGCUUUUACUCUAUUUACGGUCAUCUGUGCAUAUAUUUUAUACAGGUGGAUUGCCUUAAAAAACGGCUGUGGAAGAAAGUUGUUCAGUUAUUUUAUUGUAAACGCAUUGUUACCCAGAUUCUUUUUUUACAAAUGACUCCUAUAUAAUCUCUGAUUAUUUUAAAAUCUAAGUAGUUGCUUCAUUUGUGAUGAUGUUGCUCAUGAGCUCUGACAUGUUUUGCUGAGAUUUGAGGCAGAGAGUAAGUAGAUGCUUUAAGCCUAAAUUAAACCAUGCGCCAUCGAAUGGAGUCAUUUCAGCCUGCGUUUAACAUUUAAUAAUUGGUAUUUACAUUUAAGAAUUAAUAUUUUACCAUUUACUAAUAAGUUUCCGUGCACCUUUCUAUCAAUAAUAAAUUUACAAACUUUCAAAAUUGUCUGUGAAAUUGUGAAAAUGCCCCUAGCCUCUUUUUCACAUAUCUGCACUGAUUUUGCCAUACCUUCUGUAUCAGUCUUUUGAGAGUUUAGAAGGAAGAAGUCUGUUAAACAAAGAAAGGUAAAGAUAAGUCGGACAACAUACCGUCUGGGUUUUUUUUUUUCAUUUUGGCACUCUGGUAUUUUCAUGUUCUCAACUCAAGGAACUG